CCAGAAAAUUUUAUUUCUAUAAUUUUUCAGGUAUCGUUAAAUGAUAUGGUAGAUGUUGUAAGAUCAUCAUUAAACCAAGCAUAUAAACAAUGUUCAGUUCGAGAGUAGUGACAACUUCAAAGGGUAUAACAACUCCUUUCCAAGUGUUCCAAAGAAACAUGACUAGAGGAAGUGGAGGUGAUGCUGUAUCUCUUUCCAAUAGAAGAGUAAUGAGAAAGAUUAAAAUGGGUAAAGCCAGACCAGCUAUCUUCUAUCAAUUCGAUACUUUAGUGGAAUUAAGUGAUGGUUCCGUUGUCAAGAGAAGAUCACAAGCUCCUAAGGAUGAAAUCAGAAUGAUCUCAGAUCAAAGAAAUAGCACAUUAUGGAAUCCAAAUAGAUCUGAUAUUGUUACUAUAGAUCCAAAUUCUACUGGUAAAGUACAUAAAUUCAAACAAAGAUUCGCCUUCUUUGAAGGUAAUGAAGAGCAAUCACAAAUACCGAAUGAAUCUGCCGAUGCUCAACCUGAUCAAGAAAAGAUUGAACAACAACAAAAGGCUUCUAAGGCAAAUGAUGAUUUCCUCGAUUUAUUGGGUCAAAAUGCUGAAGAAGUUCAAAAAGGUGGUAAAUUAUUUAAUAAGAAAGAAUCCAGAAAUAGAAAGUAAUAGUUCUAUUGGCUUAUACAUAGUUGCAUAUUUCACCUCCCUCUUGUACAUAUAAA